GGUCGUGCUAACACGAUGAGUGAAUAAAAGACUAAAAGUAAAAUAUUUAUUUCUGGAGGAAAAAAAAAACAUGGGGAAGAAUAAACCCAAAACAAUCAUUCCUGGGUCUACUCGUGAAGAGUUGCUUGUAAUGACAGUGACAGAAAUUGUCAACCAGUUAAUCCAAGCACACAAUCAAGGAAAAGAUGUUAACCUGAACAGAAUCAAAAGCAAAGUUUCCAGUAAAUAUGGACUAUCUAGUCAGCCCCGAUUGGUGGAUAUUAUAGCAGCUGUCCCACAGGAGUACAAAAAGAUUCUUCUGCCAAAGCUAAAAGCUAAGCCUGUUCGCACAGCCAGUGGGAUAGCUGUUGUUGCUGUUAUGUGUAAACCACAUAGAUGUCCACACAUUGCUAUGACAGGAAACAUCUGUGUGUACUGUCCAGGUGGCCCAGACUCGGAUUUUGAAUACUCCACACAGUCUUAUACAGGAUAUGAGCCAACUUCUAUGCGAGCGAUCAGAGCCAGGUACAAUCCAUAUUUACAGACAAGACACAGAGUGGAACAGUUAAAACAACUGGGCCACAGUGUGGACAAAGUGGAGUUUAUUGUGAUGGGUGGCACAUUCAUGAGUUUGGCCGAUGAAUACAGAGACUACUUUAUUAGGAAUUUACACGAUGCAUUGUCUGGACAUACAAGCAGCUGUGUUGACGAGGCAGUCAAAUAUUCUGAGAAAAGUAUGACAAAAUGCAUUGGAAUAACCAUAGAAACUCGUCCAGACUAUUGUCUCCGUAAACACAUAAGUGACAUGCUUCGCUAUGGUUGUACUAGACUAGAGAUCGGAGUUCAGAGUGUAUAUGAAGACGUAGCAAGAGACACAAACAGAGGCCACACAGUAAAAGCAGUAACAGAGUCUUUCCAGAUGGCUAAAGAUGCUGGGUUUAAAGUAGUAGCUCAUAUGAUGCCUGACCUACCUAACGUGGGCUGGGAGAGAGAUGUCGAACAGUUCAUUGAGUUUUUUGAAAACCCAGCAUUCCGAGCAGAUGGUCUUAAAAUUUACCCUACCCUGGUGAUCAGAGGCACUGGUUUAUAUGAAUUAUGGAAAACUGGUCGCUACAAGAGUUAUCCCCCUAGUGGCCUCAUAGAUCUGAUAGCUAGAAUUCUAGCACUGGUUCCCCCAUGGACCAGAGUUUAUAGGGUCCAGAGAGAUAUUCCUAUGCCAUUAGUAAGUUCUGGAGUAGAGCAUGGAAAUCUACGAGAGCUAGCUUUGGCUCGGAUGAAAGAUCUGGGGACAAGUAGUCGUGACGUCAGAACACGGGAAGUAGGAAUUCAGGAAAUCCACAACAAAGUCAGGCCAUAUGAGGCAGAAUUAAUCAGAAGAGAUUAUUGUGCAAAUGGAGGCUGGGAGACAUUUUUAUCAUACGAGGACCCGGAGCAGGACAUUCUGAUAGGACUACUGAGAUUACGCAAGUGUUCCCCCGACACAUUUAGACCAGAACUCCGAUCAGGCUGCUCUAUUGUUAGAGAGCUCCAUGUCUACGGAAGUGUAGUCCCUGUCCACGCCAGGGAUCCCACUAAAUUCCAACAUCAGGGUUUUGGUAUGUUACUUAUGGAAGAAGCAGAAAGAAUAGCCAGAGAGGAACAUGGUUCAUCAAAAAUAGCUGUGAUAUCUGGGGUUGGAACAAGGAAUUACUACAGAAAGAUUGGAUAUGAGCUGGAUGGACCAUACAUGUCUAAAUCACUAGUCUAAAUAAAUACAUGUACUGAAAAUCA